UGGUCUCUCUCUCUCUGAGCUCAGCCCCUCUCGCCUGCCUGUGCUUCUGAGCUCUGCCCCCUCCAGCUGGAGACUCAGGUUUAUCUGGAGACUGAGGGGCUCAUUCGGGAGCUGAGAUCUGAGAGGUGAAGGAGAGAACCAUUGGAGCCAGGAGCAGAGAAAGGGGCUAGUUUCACUGAAGAGAGGCAGAGCGUGGAGACCAUGGCUGGAUUCUCAGCUCUUGGGCUGCUCUUUCUUUUUCAACUACUAGCCUCAUCCUCAGCUCAGAGAGCAGGACCACGAGGCCCUCCUGGACCACGAGGACUCCCUGGAUCACCUGGCAAGGAAGGCAUAGAUGGAGAACCUGGCCCACCUGGUUUACCUGGCCCACCAGGGCCGAAAGGUGCACCAGGGAAGCCUGGAAAGGCCGGUGAAGCAGGGUUACCUGGCCUUCCUGGAGUGGAUGGUUUAACAGGACCCGAUGGCCCACCCGGCCCAAAUGGGCCACCAGGAGAAAGAGGUGCUUUAGGACCUGCAGGGCCGCCUGGACCAGCUGGCAAAGGACUGCCAGGCCCUCCGGGGCCUCCAGGAGCCAGCGGACUCCCGGGUGGAAACGGACUUCAGGGGUCACCUGGACCAUCAGGUCUUCCAGGAUUCCCAGGACAGCCUGGACCUCCAGGGCCUCCAGGUCUUCCAGGGGUUCUUCCUGAUGGCAGUGGGGACCUUCAGUGCCCCGCUCUCUGCCCCCCAGGCCCUCCGGGUCCUCCAGGAAUGCCAGGAUUCAAGGGGCAUACAGGCCACAAAGGAGAACCUGGGGAAAUAGGAAAAGAUGGUGAGAAGGGAGACGCAGGCCCUCCAGGUCCUCCGGGGAUUCCAGGCAGUGUCGGCCUGCAGGGGCCAAGAGGGUUAAGAGGCCUCAUUGGCCCAGAGGGUCCAGUCGGGGACAGGGGACCUAUUGGUUUCAGAGGGCCACCAGGACUCCCAGGACCUCCAGGGAAAGCAGGAGACCGAGGAGACAGAGGGCCUCAAGGGUUCAGAGGGCCCAAAGGGGAUACUGGUAGACCUGGACCAAAAGGAUCGCCAGGGACCGGUGGACCCAUAGGAGAACCUGGCAUGCCUGGCAAAGAUGGACGAGAUGGAACACCUGGACUCGAUGGUGAGAAGGGUGACGCUGCCCGCUUCGGUCCUCCUGGAGAGAAGGGGCCAAACGGACUUCCUGGGCUACCAGGAAGACCAGGUCACAAGGGUCCAAAGGGUGAACUAGGUAGUCUUGGAGAGAUGGGAGAGGCAGGUCCAUCGGGAGAGCCCGGUAUCCCUGGUGAUGCCGGUAUCCCUGGUGAGAGAGGUGAGCCUGGACCUAGAGGAUCAUCUGGCGCACUUGGUCUUCAAGGCCCAUUGGGAGCCCCAGGUGUAAGAGGCUUUCAGGGCCGCAAAGGUGCCAGUGGGGAACCUGGACUCCCUGGUCCUACGGGGAUUCGUGGUGAAUUUGGUGACAGGGGUUCUGGUGGAGUUUCUGGUCCCAAAGGUAACCAGGGCACUGCUGGAGCAGAUGGCCUGCCAGGUGACAAAGGAGAACUGGGUCCUUUCGGCCCCCCAGGACAAAAGGGAGAGUCAGGAAAAAGAGGCGAGUUGGGUCCUAAAGGUAUACAAGGACCUAAUGGGACAUCUGGUGUGCAAGGGAUUCCAGGUCAUCCAGGACCUAUGGGCUACCAGGGAGAGCAAGGUAUCCCCGGCAUUACUGGAAAACCUGGUCCUCCAGGCAAAGAGGCCAGUGAACAACACAUAAGAGAACUCUGUGGGGGAAUGAUAAAUGAACAAAUUGCACAAUUAGCUGCUAAUUUGAGAAGGCCCUUGGCUCCGGGACUGAUGGGUCGACCUGGCCCAGCGGGUCCUCCAGGUCCACCUGGGGCAAUGGGAAGUGUUGGUCAUCCCGGUGCUCGUGGUCCACCUGGAUAUAGAGGGCCGACAGGAGAACUUGGAGACCCUGGUCCCAGAGGUGAUACAGGUGAAAAGGGAGACAAAGGAGGCACUGGCAUAGGUAUUGAUGGGCCUGAUGGAGAUCAAGGACUUCAAGGUCCACCAGGUGUAACUGGAAUUAGUAAAGAUGGUCGAGAUGGUGCUCAUGGUGAACCCGGUCUGCCAGGUGAUCCUGGUGUACCUGGUGCAAUAGGGGCUCAGGGAACUCCAGGAAUCUGUGAUACAUCAGCCUGCAUGGGUGCUGUUGGAGGAGGAUCCAAAAAAUCUUCAGCACUAAAAGUGGAGAAGUGACUGAAUAUUUAAGUAAACAGUGAAUUGUAUGAAAAGAGUCAGAAUCCUCCUAGUGAUAAAUGGACAAAUAUUCCUUUUAUUAAAAUGAAUAAAAUGGAGACUUUGACACAGUAAUUCAGUUCCAUGACACAGGAAAGCAUCAGACAAAAACCUUUACUAAAAAGAUGCUUAAAAUUGUUUCCCCACCCCCACCCCCACCCCUUAUUUUCCAGAAUUUUUACUGCAAAUCAGUCUCACUUUCCCUUCCUCCCCACUUUGUUGAAGAGACCUACAGGAGGAAGCGCUGCUCCUUUUACUGUCAUCUCCCUAACUGUACAAAAGCUUGUGGCUAUUUUGCAUAAAGGCUUGAGUCUAUGUUCACUGAAUUCAGUAGUGGUUCAGGCACUAAUUGAACAUCAUUGACCAUGUAUUUUUGUUGUCCAUCAUGAAUUAUCAGACUGUACCUCAAACAUUUGCCAUGGCUAGUAAAUGUUAAACCCUUUGCACUCUUGCAAUCUAACUCUGCAAAGGGUGUAAUGUAUAUAUUAUAAUUUACAGGGGAGAGUUUUUGUAUAUUUCCAUGUUAUAAUAAAGGAUAUUCAAUAACAGUAUCUUCACACCCUCUACUUCAGCUAUUUGCACAGAAUUUGUGAAAAAAAAUCCCAAGUCAGAAAGGAUGCUCUUCUCAACACCAGCCAAAAUUACUGUGUGAACUAUUGUAAAAAUAAAAGGAGAUUUUUUUAACCUUUUUUUGUGAUGUUGUAACUGUCAUUAUACACAUCAAAGCUUGUUCUACCGAACCCCAUCUUCCCCCAAUUGUUUUUAUUAGAAUUAUUUAGAAAUAAAUUGCUGCAAAAUUGUGAA